CCUCAGAGAACUGCAGGCUUGUAAAGCUCUCCUGAUCAGCCAAAGCCUUAUCUGACCCUCUCUCUCCUCUUUUCCUUGCUCCAAAAAUAACAUGACAAUAGGCUAGAUGGAAAGAGAUGAAAAGUUUGAUUGUGUGCCUUCUGGGGAUGAUCUGAAAAGCCUUUUGCAUCACCCUGCCUGAUCCUUGCCCUGGUGCAGCAGACCGCCAGCCAGAGGAGGAGCAAGCAGGGCAGGACCUGCCCCGGGCCCUGGGGCGAGCUGCCUCGGCCGGGCAGUGCUGCUCAGAGCGCCCGGCUGCAGCGGGGCUGUGCGGCGGCAGGCCCGCAGACCGGUACGUCGGGCAGCCCCGGCGCCAGGCGAGGAGAUGGUGGCACCCUGGCACCCUUGCCCAUCGGGAGCCAGGGCUGGGCACGUGCCAAGCACAGGCAAGGAGCUGGAGCGCUUCCCAGCGGCACACCUCUGCUUGCCCUCGCAGAGCUGACGGCCUGGUCUACUGCCAAGCCCGGACAAAACACGGGAUCACAUCACGGGACCACAGACCCAGCUGGAAGGAAUAGCGUGUGCUGCCAGUAAGUGCUGUCCUGCUCACCGUAGGGAACCCAGCUGCCGACUCACAGACCUGUGUGAUGCCUCUCAAGCUGUAUUUCUGCUUUCUGAACAAUCGAAGAGAAUCCGUACCUUCCUGAAGCGUGCUUCAGUUAAACCAAGUGCUAUCCACGACCAUCAGACUUCUCCGAGGACCCCAGCCCUGCCUGAGAUGCUCACCAACGCUGGAGCCCUGGUAAGGGAGCGCGCCCCAGUGACACCGUGUCGACACCGCCGGCCACCCCCUGCGAACUGCCCCCGGGGUCUGGCAAAGUACCCGCGACAACGCCGCUCCGUGUGACACCCGUGUAGAGCAGGGAAGCAGGAAAAUGGGCUCCUUCGAACCCCAGCAGAGAGGGGAGAGGGCAUGAGCGGGACACGGGACCAUGAGGACGCUGGACGAGAAGGGAAGCAGCUGGCACAGGGAACAAAAGGGGCCAGGCCGUGCAGGGCAGGUGUGCGGAACAGUCACGCUCGUGACCUGGCACGGGGCGGCUGGACAGAGUAAAGGGACACAGCAGCCACUCCUCUAAGCACGGGCCACCAGGUUCACGGCAGCAGCCAUGCAGGCAGAUGGGGCUUGCUCCCUGCUGCAGGGCUGUGUACCAGGCUGCACGAGCCAGAGCAGGGUUAAAACCUGCAACCUCUGGCACUCACUGCUUCUUCCUGAGCUACCAGCUUAACCCUCUUUUCUCCCAAGACAUCUGAAGAGCAAUGACUCUUUAGGUCAGAUGGAUUUCCUCCAAUUUGCCUGGAAAAUGGAAGCCUGAUGAUUUGAGACAGGACACACAAAGUCUGCGGGACAGGAAUGCUAAAGCUGCCGCCCACCAGCACACAGGAUAUUUCACACGACAGAACCCGUGAGAACGGUGCCAGGGAAGCAUGCUGUUACCAGCAAAUCCCCGCCGGAGCCACGGGUGAAAAAGCCAGAGGUGUGGUAGUGCAGCAGGGGCUGCGAGGAGGUCAGCUGCGCCCUGCCUCCGGCACCCGCAUCCUCCGCGGUCCCCAGGAGGCCAAACCUCCACUUCACGGCAGCUGCACACCUGGACAAAGACUCUCAGAGAAGCGGAAUGCCCAAGGCUCAGCCGAGACAAAAUGUAAGGCAUUAUAAGAAGGCUAAAUGAAAUGAACCUCCAAAUUCAUCACCUGAAAGCAAUGAUUAAUUGACCAUUACGGCUUCAACCAGGGAGUCUCAGAAAUAAAAGAGGGAUAAGAACACUCAUGAUAAUGAAAGGCAAUUUUGUUAAGGUCUCUGAAGAUAUCGCCUUAUUUCACUGAGAAAGAUUCAAUGAAAUUAAGGAGACUAUUAAUUCAAGAUAACAAGCCUUGGCUCUGAGUACAGGACGCGUACACUGCAGCAAAGCAUUAGCAGGCCACACUUGGGCCCCUUCCAGUAAGGAGAUACACGCUCGCAGAAGGAAAGUCCAUGAGGAAAUUGUGUGUUCAAAGGCAGGCUUGGGUCGUGCACUGUGAAGCAAAGAUUAAGUCAUGUACAGCAUGUUUAUGAACACUACUGUAUACCAUUUACAAAUUUUACUUUACUAUAAACAUCAGUGCUUUCCCAGAUUAAUAAGAGAUUAUAUUAGAUUAUCCUUCACCGUAUAUUUCAGCUAGUUUUGUGCUUGGCUUUGAAGCCUCCCAGUAAACAUACGGGAAGAACAGGAAGGGAGAAGACAGACAGACAUGUGGCUAAGUUAAAAAGUAAAUCAAUAAAUAAUAAUAAUUUGAAAAAGAAAGAAAAUUGCUAUACACCAGGGAUUUAUCACUUGUCCCAAGAAUAAAUCUCUUGGCAUUUGAGCACGCCCCAAGCAAACACGACGUCACCCCCAUGAACUCCUGUUCAGGACACUCCCAUUAACAAAAACAGAAGCUAUCGGGGUAGCAAGCUUUAUAGAAAAGGUCACAGCAAGGCCUGGGAACAGCCUGGGGAAAGAAAGCAACCCUUAAGCCUACUGCUUGGCUAACUGCACAAAUGUGUCUUUUUUGAAACCAAUUCAAAGCUGAUCUUCGUGGAAGUACGUACAAGUACACUAAAAUAGCACCGACCAUCUGUAGCACUUGACAUUUCAACCACAUUUGGUGAAGCAGCUCACCAACUUUUUGCUUGUGGAGAGCAAGCUCGAUUCUGAAACUUCAUCGCUAUCAACACAGAUAAUGAAGAUAGUAUUUCAACGCAUUCACUGAAAGAACUGACAGACUACCCGGCUGCAAAGGAAUAACCCAAUGGGUAAAGCAGAAAAAACAGGAGACUUCACUCUAACCACUCACCCGGCAAGAGGAGACGCUCCGUGCCUGAGAAUGGAAGGCUCUCUAGACCCUUAAUACCUUAACAAAAACCACCACAGCAGUGAAAUCAAGAAAGGAACAAAGAUACUGUAAGAUGUUCAACUCCAGCACAAACUCCUUGGGAAACAACUGCAGUUACGACACUGUAAUAACUAAGACAGUCAUUCCCCUGGUCUACUGUUUAAUUUUCAUAGUAGGAUUCCUGCUGAACAGUGUGGCAGCAUGGAUUUUUCUAUACGUUUCUAGCGAGAAGAGUUUUAUUGUCUAUCUCAAAAACAUUGUUGUUGCUGAUCUCCUAAUGAGCUUGACGUUUCCUUUCAAAAUUCUUGCUGAUUCAGAAAUUGCACAUCCACAGCUCAACAUGUUUGUGUGCAGAUACUCUGCAGUUGUUUUUUAUACAAACAUGUAUAUUGGAAUAACAUUUUUUGGCCUCAUAGGUUUUGACAGAUACUAUAAAAUUGUAAAGCCUUUAUUCACCUCCUUUGUUCACACGGUUAACUACAGCAAGGUUAUCUCUAUAAUCAUAUGGUUAUUGUUUAUGUUUAUAUCCCUUCCAAAUAUGAUCUUAACUACUGAAAUCUCUAAAGCAAAUUAUUCCAGAAAAUGUAUUGGUCUUAAAAGUGAGCUUGGCAGACAGUGGCACGAGGUCUCAAGUUACAUUUGCACAGGGAUUUUCUGGAUUGUCUUUCUCCUACUAAUCAUUGUUUACACUUCAAUAUCAAAAAAAAUAUAUAGCUCCUAUAAAAAAUUCAGAAGGAACUCAGACAUUACCAAGAGAAAAACCAGUCGUAAUAUAUUCAGUAUCAUGUUUGUAUUUGUCAUUUGCUUUGUACCAUAUCACUUCUGCAGAAUACCAUACACUUUAAGUCAAACUAGCUCACGGUUCAACUGCCAGUCGCAAACAACUCUGUUCUAUGCAAAGGAGUUUACUCUUGUGUUGUCUGCUGCAAACGUGUGCCUUGAUCCCAUUAUUUAUUUUUUCCUCUGCCUACCUUUUAGAGAAAAGCUGUACCAAAAACUGCACCUCAAGCUGAAAACUUCACAGGAGGUUGACAAUUCUAAAUCUAAAAGAUCAAAUACGCUUCAGGAAAGUGUGAAUAUUCUGUAAGUUUAGGUCUGUAAAAUAACACAUGCUUGAAAGUUACUCAAGAACGCAAUGUCUCAGAAAGAAACCGAUGAGAAACAGCAAUAAAACAGAAAAAAAAUGUUGGAGUAAAAUACCAUGUGGUGUUUCUCUCUAUAAAAAUAUUUUGCAUGCUAUCAGUGCAUGUACUAUGUGUUAUUUCAGCUGAUGCUAUGAUUGCAUUAUGGUGUGAUAUGACCUAUCUGGAUCUCAAAAAAAAUAGAGCGGAAUAACUGGAACAAAACAUUCUGGGGCUCCAGUCCACAGUUCUCUGAAAGGAUUAUCCAACAUCCUACUCAUCAAAUUGAUCUUCUGUUUCUCAUGAAGCCAGGCACAACACACAUGCGUAGCAGGAAAACAGCCUGAAGGGCCUGGGAACGACUGAUUGUCCCACCUCGAGUGGAGCACACUGCUCCAAAGCAACACGAAAAGCUGAGCACAAGCCCCUCUCUGACUUGGCCGCUACCAGCCAGCUGAAGAGUACCGAGAUCCUGAGGGGAAGUUCUGUGGGCAUUCACCAGCUCACAGAGCAAAGCUAUGGUACCUUCCAA